AUGUGCCAAAGAUUCAAGUUUACCGAACUCGGCCUCAGUAUUUAUGCUGCAUGGGAAGUGGCGAUGAUGUGGAGAAUUUGUGACAAGAAUGGCUAUGUCAAGCCAACAAUUUAUCAGGGUAUGUAUAAUGCCAUUACCAGAUCAAUCGAAAACGAGCUUUUUCCUUGCUGUCGAUCUUUCGGAAUCCGUUUGGCUAUCUAUAAUCCAUUAGCCGGAGGAUUUUUUGCUGGUAAGAUUAUGAAGCCUGAUGAUCCAAUUGAAGAGGGCGGCCGUUUCGAUCCUAACCAUCCACUAGGCGCCAUGUACCGCGAGCGAUACAUCCGAAGCAGUUUUUUCAAAGCAUUGGAGGUCGUGAAAGAAGCUCUGAAAGGUCAUCCCGACAUAACUCUGGUAUCAGUGGCAGCUCGUUGGCUACAACAUCAUUCCGGAUUGCAGCCCGAGGAUCGUGUCAUUUUGGGUGCCUCUUCAAUUGAUCAAAUCGAGAUGAACUGUUCCUGCUCGGAAGAAGGACCACUUCCGGAAAAUAUUCUUUCAGCUGUGGACCUAGCCCGGGAGACGGUCAAAGCUGAGUUGAAUGCCCAUCGUACUGGAGAUGACAUGUACCAUCAGCACGGGGUAGUAUGGGAUGGUACAGUGGUCUUUCUUAUCGCUUUUCUGGCAAGAUUGAAAAUCGUCAGGCUCGAUACUCGGCAAGCUAUCGCUUUGUAG